AUGGCACAAGCGGCCAAGCACCUCCGCAAAAACAAGGAUUUAGAAGCGCUAGCAGAACAGGAGCGCAAAGAGAAAGAAGAAGAAAAGGUCAAGAAGAGGAGCCGGUCACGGGAUAAAAAGCGCAAGGCCCACGCCGUGCAUCGCUGGCUAAUCGAUCAGGACAGUAGUGUGAGCUCUGAGAUGCCGGAUGGCCAAGGAGUAUGGCUCUAUGAUGAUGAAGCAGACGCUGGCAACAGUUUUCUCCGAGCAGCUCGUUCUGGCAACCUGGACAAGGCUCUGGAACAUAUUAAGAAUGGCAUUGAUAUAAAUACAGCCAAUCAGAAUGGGCUCAAUGGGCUUCAUCUGGCCUCGAAAGAAGGCCAUGUCAAAAUGGUGCUUGAAUUACUUCACAAUGGAAUUGUACUGGAAACCACGACUAAGAAAGGAAACACGGCCCUGCAUAUUGCAGCCCUGGCAGGGCAGGAACAGGUGGUCACAGAGCUGGUUAACUACGGGGCCAACGUUAACGCUCAGUCCCAGAAGGGUUUCACUCCACUCUACAUGGCUGCACAAGAAAACCAUCUAGAGGUUGUGAAGUUUCUUCUGGAGAACGGGGCUAAUCAGAGCAUUCCGACUGAGGAUGGGUUCACUCCACUGGCUGUGGCUUUACAGCAGGGCCAUGAAAAUAUUGUAGCCCUGCUCAUCAACUACGGCACCAAGGGGAAGGUCCGUCUCCCUGCACUUCACAUUGCGGCGCGCAAUGACGAUACACGCACAGCUGCAGUGCUUUUGCAAAAUGACCCGAACCCAGAUGUGCUCAGCAAGACUGGAUUCACACCACUCCACAUUGCGGCACACUAUGAAAACUUGAACGUUGCUCAACUUCUUCUCAACAGAGGAGCCAAUGUCAAUUUCACCCCAAAGAACGGCAUCACACCUCUACACAUCGCAUCCAGACGGGGGAAUGUGAUCAUGGUCCGACUCCUCCUGGACAGAGGGGCACAAAUCGAUGCCAAAACUAAGGAUGAGCUCACUCCUCUGCACUGUGCAGCCAGAAAUGGUCACGUCAGAAUAAUAGAAAUUCUUCUUGACAAUGGCGCCCCCAUUCAGGCCAAAACCAAGAACGGCCUGUCUCCAAUCCACAUGUCAGCACAAGGGGACCAUGUGGACUGUGUCAAGCAGCUGCUUCAGUAUAAUGCAGACAUUGAUGACAUCACGUUGGACCACCUGACACCUCUGCACGUGGCUGCGCACUGUGGACACCACAGAAUGGCUAAAGUUCUGUUAGACAAGGGUGCCAAACCCAACUCUAGAGCACUGAAUGGCUUUACUCCCUUGCAUAUUGCUUGUAAAAAGAAUCAUAUGCGUGUGAUGGAUCUGUUGCUCAAACACGCAGCAUCUUUAGAGGCUGUGACUGAGUCUGGCUUGACACCCUUACAUGUGGCAUCUUUCAUGGGUCACCUCAACAUUGUGAAGAUCCUGCUGCAGAAAGGAGCUUCUCCCAGCGCUUCAAAUGUGAAAGUUGAAACCCCCCUCCAUAUGGCAUCUCGGGCAGGACACUUUGAGGUGGCAGAGUUUCUACUACAGAAUGCAGCACCAGUGGAUGCAAAAGCCAAGGAUGACCAAACACCCCUGCAUUGUGCUGCUCGAAUGGGCCACAAGCAGAUAGUGAAACUGCUGUUAGAGCACAAAGCCAAACCAAACUCCACAACCACAGCAGGGCACACGCCUCUUCACAUCGCUGCCCGGGAGGGCCAUGCUCAAACCGUGCGCAUCCUUUUAGACAUGGAAGCACAGCAAACUAAGAUGACUAAGAAAGGCUUCACUCCGCUUCAUGUGGCAUCCAAGUACGGUAAAGUCGAUGUUGCUGAGCUGUUGCUGGAGCGAGGAGCUAACCCCAAUGCUGCUGGCAAGAAUGGUCUGACUCCACUGCAUGUCGCUGUGCAUCACAACAACCUGGAUGUUGUCAACCUGCUCGUCAGCAAAGGCGGGUCCCCACACAGUGCCGCCAGGAAUGGCUACACAGCACUGCACAUUGCGUCCAAGCAGAAUCAAAUCGAGGUGGCAAACAGCCUGUUGCAGAGUGGAGCGUCAGCCAAUGCCGAGUCUCUACAGGGAGUCACACCUCUCCACCUGGCCUCACAGGAAGGACGGCCCGACAUGGUCUCUCUGCUCAUUUCCAAGCAGGCAAAUGUCAACCUUGGCAACAAGAGUGGACUGACACCACUCCAUCUUGUAGCACAGGAGGGACACGUUGGCAUUGCGGACAUCUUAGUGAAGCAAGGAGCGUCAGUCUAUGCAGCCACACGGAUGGGCUACACACCUCUCCAUGUAGCGUGUCACUAUGGCAACAUCAAGAUGGUCAAGUUUCUGCUGCAACAACAGGCCAACGUCAACAGUAAAACACGGCUUGGUUACACUCCACUGCACCAGGCCGCCCAGCAAGGACACACAGACAUUGUGACGCUGCUACUGAAGCACGGAGCUCAGCCUAACGAGACGACAACGAAUGGGACAUCAGCACUCGCCAUCGCCAAGAGACUGGGCUACAUCUCUGUGAUUGACGUGCUCAAGCUUGUGACUGAGGAGACGGUUUCCAUGACAACUACAGAGAAACACCGUAUGAGUUUCCCAGAAACAGUGGAUGAGAUACUGGAUGUGUCUGAGGAUGAAGGACUUGCCCAGCUAACCUUAGGAGAGGAGCUCCUGGGGACAGAAGGUGCCAGGUACAUGAAGAUGGAUGACAUGAAAGACCAUGAUGACGAUUUCCUCUCCCCCAAGAAAUCACUGGAGUACGAGAGAGGGCUGGGCACAGCAAAUUACUCUCCAGCCAUUCCAAGGAUUCCGCGGGUUUCUCCCGAGACCGUCAUGCUGAAGGAACACGAGUUAGAUCAGCAACACACUCCCCUUCCACUGCCAAAAGAGUAUGACGAAGACUCUCUAAUCCCCAGCAGCCCGGCAACGGAAACAUCAGACAAUGUCAGCCCAGUCGCCAGCCCCAUACACACAGGGUUUCUGGUCAGUUUUAUGGUGGAUGCACGUGGCGGCUCAAUGCGAGGUAGUAGGCACAACGGGCUGCGUGUCAUCAUCCCCCCAAGGACCUGCGCGGCUCCCACCCGCAUCACUUGUCGUCUGGUGAAGCCACAGAAGCUUACGAGCCCCCCUCCACUUGUGGAGGGAGAGGGGCUGGCUAGCAGAAUUAUCUCUCUGGGUCCUGCUGGAAUGCAGUUUCUAGGACCAGUGAUUGUGGAGAUCCCUCAUUUUGCCGCCCUGGGUCGUGGCGACCGCGAGCUUGUGGUGCUCCGGAGUGAGAAUGGAUCUGUGUGGAAAGAACACCGCAAUCGCUACGGUGACGAAGUUCUCGAGACCAUCCUUAACGGGAUGGACGAGGACUUGGAAAGUCAGGAGGAACUAGGGAAGAAGAGAAUUCGCCGCAUCAUUUCAACUGACUUCCCUCUAUAUUUUGCCGUGGUGUCGCGGGUCCAGCAAGAGAGCGACCUGAUUGGCCCCGAAGGAGGGUCGUUGACGAGCAAGCUGGUGCCGCUUGUUCAGGCCUCGUUUCCCGAGACGGCGGUCACCAAGCGAGUCCGUCUGGGGCUGCAGGCGCAGCCCGUUCCAGAUGAGUUGGUUGCCAAGUUGCUAGGUAACCAAGCCAACUUUAGCCCCGUGGUGACGGUGGAGCCUCGGCGACGGAAGUUCCACCGGCCCAUCGGCCUCCGCAUCCCCCUACCCCCAUCCUGGCGGGAGAGUCCCCGAGACUCCGGGGAGGGAGACACCACAAGUCUACGCCUGCUCUGCUCUGUUAUAGGUGGUACAGCUGCAGCCCAGUGGGAGGACAUCACUGGUACUACUAAACUUAUCUACGCGAAUGAAUGUGCCAGUUUUACAACCAAUGUGUCUGCACGGUUCUGGCUCGCAGACUGUCCUCGUACAGCAGAGUCGGUCUCCUUCGCCAACCUGCUCUACAAAGAGCUGUCAGCUGUACCUUACAUGGCAAAGUUUGUGGUUUUCGCCAAGAUGAAUGAGUUGCGUGAAGGCCGCCUGCGCUGUUACUGCAUGACUGAUGAUAAGAUGGAUAAAACACUGGAGCAGCAUGAAAACUUUACAGAAGUAGCCAGGAGCAGGGAUAUUGAGGUGAUGGAAGGAAUGCCGCUCCACUUGGAAUGUUCUGGGAAUCUCGUCCCGGUGCGGAAGGCCGCUCAACAGCCUCGCUGCUUCAGCUUCCAGGCCUUUCGAGACAACAGACUUCCUGUUUCUGUUAAGGUGAGAGAUAGCAGCAAAGAGCACACUGGCUUCCUGUCUUUCCUCCGCAAGACCACCAAGUAUGAAGACAGCCAACAUGUGCUGUGUAACCUCAACAUUACUAUGCCUCCAUGUAUCAAGAUUAUUGGAAGUGAAGACCGCAGAAGAACUUUAACCCCGCUGGCUCUAAGAGAAAGAUACAGUGCCCUAAAUGAACCUGCUAUGGCAUCAUUGAGCGCCAUGGAGAGAACUGAACUAAAAAUGGCUGUGAUAGCCGAACAGUUGGGACUGAGCUGGGCUGAGUUGGCCCGUGAGCUUCAGCUGAGUGUGGAUGACAUCAAUAAAAUCCGUGUGGAGAAUCCCAACUCCCUACUGGAGCAGAGUUCUGCACUACUCAACUUGUGGGCAACACGUGAGGGCAAAAGAGCAAAAAUGGAGACCUUGUACGUGGCCCUUAAGAGCAUUGACCGCAUGGACAUAGUCACGAUGCUAGAGGGUCAACCAGCACAGCCUCCCAGGCAAGGCUCUCGUCAACUCAGCAAACGACAUAACGAAAGAGAGCACCUCUCUCCUGCUAUGACCAAUGGUUAUGGGCUGGCGCCUGAUGAGCUUCUGUCCCCGGCCUCCAUGCAGUACAGCCUGCCCUCGCCUCUGGGUGCUGAGCCGUACUGGCAGGAGGUUUCCAGCCUGGACUGUGCGCCCAUUGCAACCACGGAGGAGGACACCCUCAUGGAGAUGUCCGACGUGCAGGUGUGGCCCUGCGGUAACUCCCCCUCCCUGGUGCCCGUGGAGGAUUCCUCGCUGGAGUGUAGUAAUGCCGACGACUCCGAGGGUCUGCUCGGGUUGCCCUUUGGAAGUCUGGGGCGGCCGGCCAGUCGGGCCAGCGGAGGGGGUGUCCCGCUGAGCGGCUCAAUCGAACCAGAAGAUGAUUCAGAGAUGGGCAUCGACUCUCUUAGCACUGCUACGCCAGCUUCGCUCGGCGGCACCAUUGCUGGUAUCAAUCUUAACGGACUGAACAAUGGUCAGGGGUCAGAGGCAAGUUCGGAGUUAUCAGCCGUCACUAGUACGACUGGUGGCGAUGGAGGAGGAGGAGGAGGGACUCAGGGCUCAGAGGAAGGCCUUUCUCUUGUUACAGGACAGCAAAGGGUAUAUGCCCGACUCAGUGAGUCACCUGGUCUCACCUGUGUUGCAGAUCGGAAUGGCGACAGGUCAUCAAAUGGAGGGAAUGGAGGCAGCUCGUUCAUUUCAUACAUGCAGGAACAGACAGGUCCAGGGUGGAUGCCAGUCCCGGACCCACAGGCUUGGGUAGCCAACCAGCCCAAAACUAGACAGGUCAUCGACACCAUGAUAUCUUCAUGCUGCAACUCUAUGGACGGCGAUCAGUCCCAUUUGUCUCAGGAGGCUUUGCUACAGCCUGCAAGAGACCUGCACGGCAACUCGGAAAUUCUACGAGGGCACUUCCGGGGUGCCCAGCCGUUCGACAAGGGUUUGGGCUUCUCACACAGGGCAACGGAGCUAAGAGGCUGGGAUGAUAUGCGCUUCAAAGGACAGGGGGAUGAGGCUGAAGAUCUUCCCGGGGAACAGGUCAGCGAGGAGCAGUUUACAGAUGAGCAUGGAAACAUCAUCACUAAAAAGAUUGUGCGAAAGGUCGUGCGCCGAGGAAAGGGAGAAGACGGCGUUCAGGACGUGAGCGUGGACGGUUCUCUGCAGGAUGCCAAUGAGCUGGAGGUGGACGCCGAGCAGUUCAUGAGCUACGCCAUCCUAGGCCGGGAAAGCAGCAAGCCCGAUACUGUGGAUACUGUGAAGAAAGGUGCUCAGAUAGUGAAAUGUGCCAGCCUGCGAAGAGUUAAGCAGUGA